UUGUUAAAGAAAUUACGACGUAGACGUAGAGAACUGCCUAGGGCGCCUUAUGUUAACCAUGCCGUCGAGAGAGAGGAAUACAUAAAUAGUGUUUUGCAUGGAAGUGAGAGACAUUGUGUGAAUCAACUUAGGAUGAAGCCUAUAGCUUUCCACCACUUAUGUCACAUCCUCACUGAGGGGGAGCACAUACGUCCGACUGUUCACAUGUCUGUUACGGAGCAAGUGUUCAUUUUCUUGCACAUUAUUGGUCAUAAUGUGAGGUUUCGUGUAAUGGGUAGUCGGAUCUAUAGAUCAACUGAGACUAUUCAUAGAUACUUCAAGAUUGUCCUUAGGGGGGUCCUGAAAUUAUAUAGAACUCUAAUAAGACUGCGUAGCGAAGAUACACCUCCAGAGAUAAGGAAUAGCAGAAGGUUUUACCCAUAUUUUAAGGAUUGUGUUGGAGCAAUAGAUGGUACACAUGUUCGUGCAUCUGUGCCACUUGAAAUACAAGGAAGAUUUCGUGGUCGCAAAGAUGGAACCACGCAAAAUGUGUUAGCUGCCAUUAGUUUUGACUUAAAGUUCACGUAUGUGUUGGCUGGAUGGGAAGGCAGUGCACAUGAUUCACGUGUAUUAAAUGAUGCAUUUGCUAGGCCAGGGGGAUUUUCAAUUCCCAAUGGUAAAUUUUAUCUUGGUGAUGCUGGGUAUGGUAAUAAAAAUGGAAUAUUGUCACCGUAUCGGAGUGUACGAUAUCACUUGAAAGAGUUUAGUGAUCGUCCUCCUGAGAAUGCGCAAGAAUUGUUCAACCUCCGACACUCUUCAUUGAGAACUACCAUUGAGCGAGGGUUUGGAGUGGUGAAAAAACGUUUUCGAGUGUUGGAUGCAGAACCAUAUUGGUCUUUCCCAACCUAAGUGAAAGUAGUGUUAGCGUGUUGUGUGGUUCAUAAUCACAUUAUGGGGGUUGAACCAAAUGACCAUAUUAUGGAAGAUGCAAUGAACCAAGUAGAGCUUAGUGACCACCAACAAGAAACACAAUCCCAUCGGGAGUCCGUCGAAGAUAGUAGAUCAUGGAAUGCUAAGAGAGAUGAGAUAUGCCAAGCCAUGUGGUCUGAUUAUAUCAGGAGUGAAGAGUAGUAUUUUAUUUAGAUUUCUAUGAUUGUAAUGUGUUUUUCCUUGUUGUUUUUUUGUAAAGACAAUGUAUGUAAUAUAGACUUUUGGUGAUGUAAUGAAAAAGAAUUUUUAGCAUUACAUUGUUAUUUGAUGGUAUUACAUUGUCAUUUCCAUAGUUAGCAUGUUCCAUUCUGUUGUACACAUUCAUAAGCGUGGUUGUAUGUGUGUUUGAUUUGUUAUUCAUGUUCCGAGCGUAAUUACUAAAUGCUACUCUGACUAUACUAUUUUCAU